UUACACGGUGUGGAAGACUCAAGACCGAAUCAGGGUCGAGGUACCAAAAUGCAAGACAAACAUGCAGAAAUGGGUCUCUUACAAGACGAAGAAAACGUCUUGUGUGCGUGUGGUGUUGUUCAGGAUCCCGGCCAUGUACUGAUGUCCAUGCCUAGACCACAUUAGAUUACCUUUUACAAGCGAAUGACAAAGCCAUAUUGGUAGCUAAUUUCUGGAAAAGCGAAGUCUGAUUUCCGGACACGGAAAGUAAGUAAGUAGCAUUGUGGAGGAAGAGGUAGGCUAUAGGGUUAGUUACCAUUUUUUACGACCUUUAGAAAGGAGCUUAAAUUUUCUUUCUUUGAUCAAACAUUUUUUUUUUAUUUCAGGCUGCAAAAGAACCUGAUCCUGAAGGACCUGAGGGGUCUGGUGUAUGUGUCUUAGAAGUUCAAUCUGAACAAAAUGUCACAAAUGGAGUGCGCAUGUUACCAGAUCAAUCAGAUGAAAAUCUGAUGACUUCCAACAAACCCAUUAGAUGUGCAAAGAUAAGGGCUCUGGAGAUAAUUUCUGAUGUAAGUGCUCAAAUAAGUCAAUCUAUGGUGGAAGAAAAGGUAAAUUAUUUUGAGCAAAGAAGAAUGUCAGAAGACAGCCAGGCUCGUGCCACUCGCCUUGAGGAACAGCGACAAAGAGACGCCAACCGCAGGGCUGCCGAGGAGGAGGACAAGCGAGCACGACGCCUCGAAGAACAGCGGCAAAGAGACGUCAACCGCAGGGCUGCCGAGGAGGAGGACAAGCGAGCACGACGUCUCGAAGAACAGCGGCAAAGAGACGUCAACCGCAGGGCUGCUGAGGAGGAGGAGAAUCGAGCACGACGCCUCGAAGAACAGCGGCAAAGAGACGUCAACCGCAGGGCUGCCGAGGAGGAGGACAAGCAAGCACGACGCCUUGAAGAACAGCGGCAAAGAGACGUCAGCCGCAGGGCUGCCGAGGAGGAGGACAUGCGAGCACGACGCCUCGAAGAACAGCGGCAAAGAGACGUCAACCGCAGGGCUGCCGAGGAGGAGGACAAGCGAGCACGACGCCUUGAAGAACUCCGACAAGCAGCCACUAUCCGCAGAGCCGCCGAAGAAGAAGACGAGCGUGUUCGACGCCUUGAAGAACUGCGGCAAGCAGCCGCUAUCCGCAGAGCCGCCGAGGACGAAGACGAGCAUGUUCGACGUCUUGAAGAACUGCGGCAAGCAGCCGCUAUCCGCAGAGCCGCCGAAGAAGAAGACGAGCGUGUUCGACGGCUUGAAGAACUGCGGCAAGCAGCCGCUAUCCGCAGAGCCGCCGAAGAAGAAGACGAGCGUGUUCGACGGCUUGAAGAACUGCGGCAAGCAGCCGCUAUCCGCAGAGCCGCCGAGGACGAUGACGAGCGUGUUCGACGUCUUGAAGAACAGAGGCAAAGAGAUGCCAACCGCAGGGAUGCUGAAGUGGUAGACGAGCGUGCUCAACGCCUGCGAGAACAGCGUCGUCGUACAGCUGAAAUACGACAGAAUUCUGAGCGUAACCAACUUCAAUCCUAUAAAGCCGCUGCCUCAAGCCUCGUAGAGUACAGCAAUUUGGGAAUGUUUGACAUCGCAUGUGUUCAUUGUGGUGCUGUUCAUUUUUUAAAAGAGAGAGUGCAGAACAGAAUUCACCCUAAUUCAUUUGGUGACUGUUGCCUUCAUGGUCGCAUUGAACAACCUGCGCCAGAGUUUCCCAAUGAAUUGGCAUUGCUGUACACAAAACAACACAGACUAGCCAAACAGUUCCACGAUAAAAUUCGAAAUAUUUCUGCCUGUUUUGCUUUUUCUUCAUUCAAUGUUGCUGAUGACAGGACUUUCAAUAGUAAAGCCAGUCAGCAACAGUGA